AUGGUGGUGGUGGACGCGUCGGAGUUCGGGGCGGAGGGGUUCGACCCGAAGCGGUGGAUCAACGCGGCGCUGGACGCGCGGCACCCGUCCGAGCCGCUCGACCGCUUCCUCGCCGACGCCGAGGAGCGGCUCCGCGCCGCGGCCGACGACGCGGGGGCCGCGCUCGAGCGGGACAGCGCCGACGCGCUCCGCCGCGUCCCGCUCGCCUGCCGCGACGCGCUCAGGCUCCGCGACGACGCCCUCGCGCUGCGCUCCCACCUCGCCUCCGUCCUCCAGUCCCUCUCCCAGGCUGAGGGCUCAUCUGCUGAGUCAAUAACUGCGCUAGCACGAAUUGAUACUGUGAAACAACGCAUGGAAGCUGCAUACACGACAUUGCAGGAUGCAGCUGGACUAGCUCAGUUGAGCCAAAGUGUUGAGGAUGUGUUUUCGAGUGGCGAUCUUCCAAAAGCCGCAGAAACCCUGGCAACCAUGAGACAUUGCUUGUCAGCAGUUGGGGAGGUUGCAGAGUUUGCUAAUGUGAGAAAGCAGCUUGAAGUAUUGGAAGAAAGGCUGGACGAAAUGGUUCAGCCCCGUUUAUUGGAUGCCCUUUCUAACCGCAAGAUUGAUGCCGUGCAAGAUCUUCGUGGUAUAUUGACACGUAUUGGGAGGUUCAAGUCACUAGAGGUGCAAUACACUAAGAUUCAUAUCAAGCCUCUGAAGAAACUCUGGGAAGAUUUUGACCUAAAGCAAAGGGCCAACAGGGCAGAGGUGGAGAAGCGUGGUGGUGAAAUCACUAGUGUCUCAUUCUCAAGCUGGCUGCCAAGUUUCUAUGAUGAGACACUACUUUACCUUGAACAAGAAUGGAAGUGGUGCUUGACUGCAUUCCCUGAAGAAUACAGAUCACUGGUCCCAAAAGUACUUGUGGAGACCAUGAGUGAGUUGAAUUCAAGCUUUGUCUCUCGUGUUAAUGUAGCAACUGGGGAUGCUGUUCCUGAAACCAGAUCUGUUGCAAAAGGUGUACUGGAUGUUAUAUCAGGUGACUUGCCAAAAAGCAUCAAAUUGCAGAAUAAACAUCUUGCUGCACUAAUCGAAUUGCACAACAUGACUGGCACUUUUGCUCGGAACAUUCAGCACUUAUUUUCAGAAUCAGAUCUUGGAGUUGUGCUGAAUACAUUGAAAGCUAUUUAUUCCCCAUAUGAAACCUUUAAGAUGAGGUACGGGCAGAUGGAGCGCGCUGUGCUUUCUGCUGCGAUGGCCGGUAUAGAUAUCCGUGGAGCCAUCUCCCGUGGUUUAGGUGCACAAGGUAUAGAGCUAAGUGAAACUGUCCGUAGGAUGGAGGAAUCCAUCCCACAGAUGAUAGUACUUCUUGAAGCAGCUGUUGAGAGAUGCAUUAGUCUCACUGGUGGAUCAGAGGCAGAUGAACUGGUACUGGCUCUUGAUGACGUCAUGCUGCAAUACAUAUCUAAUCUACAAGAAACUUUGAAGUCCCUGAGGACGGUAUGUGGGUUGGAUAAUACCACACAUACUGAUGCCUUGAAAAAAGAUGCAGGAUUAGAGAAAAAGGAAGCACCACGAUUGGUGGAUGUGUCUGAAGAGGAAGAAUGGUCAAUUGUCCAGGGUGCUUUGCAGGUUCUUACAGUUGCCGAUUGCUUAACUAGCAGGACCUCAGUUUUCGAAGCUUCUUUAAGGGCUACUCUUGCCAGGAUUGGAACAAACUUUUCUCUUUCCGGAUUUGGUUCUAGCAUGGAUAAAUCAUCUGCUGGUACUGCUGAUGACAACUCGGGAGCACCUCUGGGUGGGAGGGCAGCACUUGAUAUUGCAACCAUUCGACUCACCAAUCUACCAGACAAGUCUAAGAAACUCCUCACUGUGCUAGAACAGUCAAAAGAUCCAAGGUUCCACGCUCUUCCCGUCACGUCACAAAGAGUUGCGGCCUUCUCAGACAAAGUAAACGAGCUUGUAUAUGAUGUGCUCAUUUCCAAAGUCCGGCAGCGUCUCUGUGAGAUUGCCCGCCUCCCAAUCUGGUCGUCCGUGGAGGAGCAGGGUGGUCUUCCUCUUCCAAGCUUCAGUGCGUACCCACAGUCAUACGUGACCAGUGUCGGGGAGUAUCUCCUCACUUUGCCACAGCAGUUGGAGCCUCUCGCUGAAGGCAUCUCAGGCAGUGAGGCUGGCAAUGAUGAGGCUCAGUUCUUUGCUACAGAGUGGAUAUUCAAGGUCGCCGAGGGUGCCACCGCCCUGUUCAUGGAGCAGCUGCGCGGGAUCCACUACAUCACGGACCGGGGCGCCCAGCAGCUCGCGGCGGACAUCGAGUACCUGAACAACGUCCUCUCGGCACUGUCGAUGCCGAUCCCUCCAUUCCUCUCCACCUUCCACGCCUGCAUCUCGACCCCGAGGGACCAGGUCCGCGACCUGAUAAAAUCGGAUGGCGGGACCCAGCUGGACCUCCCCACCGCCCAUCUCGUCUCCAAGAUCCGGCGCAUCUCGCUAGAGUAG